AAUUAAUUUUCAGCGGUUGGAAACUUUUUAAAAAAGUUUUGUAAACAGUGCUGACUGCUGAUUUUUCGAAUGGUGAAGAAGAGAAAAAAAAUGUAUUUUUUUAAAAUUAAAACUCAAAAUAAUUUUUUAUAAUUAAAUAUAAAAUAAAAAAAAAAAAAAAAAAUAGUUGUAAUUACAAUGAAUAAAACAUUUUCUCAAUUACUUAACGUCUGUAGAGAUGAACAACGUUCAGUUAAUUGUGAUUAUCAGAAUUGUGAAUUUUCGAAAAUUUAUGAUAAUGAUUGUUUAGAAAAAUUAGAGACUGAUAUGAAAAAUUUCAUGGACUCACAAACAGUUUAUCCAAGUGUUGUUGAAUAUACAAAUAUUAACAAAUUGCUCGCUAUAUGCUCCUUAUUGAAAGGAAAUGUAGAUAAAGCUACGAAUUAUUUAGUGGAAUCUCAUGCCAAUGGUCUUCGACAAAAUGUUAUAAUUAGAUAUCAUAAAACAAAAACACGUACCAAAUAUCAAUUGAAUCCUAUUUAUGGAUUAGAUACCGAUCAUUUAAAAUAUAAUAUGGGAAAUGGUUUAAAUUUAAAAUCUUUACAAGAUAAGCUUGCAGAUCUACCACCUGAAUGGUAUGUUGUUCAAGUUACAAUUCAACAUGAGAAUUUCGUUGAUUGUAAAUACAAUGAAAAUGUAGGAAAUUGUCUUUACACUUUACGUAAAACACAUCCAAUACAUGUUAGUAUUUUUCCCACUGGACCAAAUGCUGUUAAACCUUUUUGUUUGACAUUACCAAAGCCCACGACAAAUGAAAAUUUUGAUUUAUGUAAAGAAAUAGGAUCGUUAUUAAAUAAAAAUAAAUCUGACUUGUCGAAUACUUAUUCAAAUCGAAAGCUCUACUGGGAAAUGCGCAAUCGACAAGAUGCUCAAAUGAAGGCUGCUGUAACUGCAUUAGAAAAUACAUGGUUAAGAGAAUGGAGAAUUCUUUUCCUUGCGGAUUUAUUAGAAAAUUCAAUUCUUGAAGAGACUGCACAUAAAAUGAUUGAUAAACUUAUUGAUAACUCUAAUUAUUCCAAUGAAAUUUCAACUAGUACUCGAUGGUUAUUAAAAAAAGUAGCUGUAUGUGUAACUUAUUUAUCAAAAGAAGAAUGUGCAAGGGCAAUAAAAUAUUUAUUGCCAAAACAACGAAAACUUGCAAAAAACAUUAUGCUAUCUAUUCAGGGAUUAUUUAGUACAAUAGGAAAAUUAAAAUUUACAAAAAGAAAAAAUCUUAUUUUAAUUAUAGAUGAAAAUUUAGAUUAUAUACCCUUUGAAGCAAUGGAGAUUUUAAAAUAUCAACCUGUUACACGAUUUCCAUCUUUUCAUUUUACUUACGCUUUAUUUAUGGAAAAUCGUGAUUCAAUUAUUAAUGGUUGUAAAGUUGUGGAAAUAAAAAAAGACUUUGGUUCAUUUAUUGUGAAUCCAUCGUCUGAUCUUCUUAAAAUGGAAACAAGAUUAAAAGCUUUUAUGGACUAUUGGCUUCCUGAUUGGAAGGGAUUGUAUGGAAAGGAACCGGAUAAUAAGCGUUUUGAAAAUGCUCUCGUCAAUCAUGACAUUUUAAUGUACGCUGGUCAUGGAAGUGGUAUUCAGUAUUUGUAUGUUGAAGAUAUUGAGAGACUACGAGUAAAAGCAAUUGCGCUACUUUUUGGAUGUAGUAGUUUGAAACUCACGCCUGUUGGAGGUCGACAACCACCUUUUGGCGUUUCUAAUCAAUAUUUAGCCGCUUGCAGUCCUUGUAAUUUGGGAAUGCUUUGGGAAGUCACCGAUGGUGAUUGUGAUAAAUUGACAGCAAGAUUCAUGAGCGAAUGGAUUCCAAAUGCAAAAAAAGAACCAUGGUCUUCAGUAGAUUUAGUUAAAUGGGAAAAUGGUAAUAUAGUUCUUAAUAAAAAACUUAAAGAACCUGAACCACAAGAAUUUGAAAUGCUAAGAGCAAUUGCAAAAUCAAAAGAUUCGUGCUUGCAAUUUAUGACCGCAGCAGCUACAAUAGUUCGAGGAUUGCCAAUCACCCUAAAACAAGUUUAAAAGUGUAGAUUUUCACGAGGUGUAUGUGUGUGUGUGUGUAAAUAGGUUUUAUAUUGAGAAUAUACAAACAUUUUUUUAAAAUCAAUUCUAUGUAAUAGCAAAUUUUUAUAUAUAAGAAAUGUUUAUUUUGUAUGAAUUUAUAAAAUAGAAUUAGAAAAUAAAUUUAUUUUUUUUUAUAAUUGCCAAAUAAUGAUGAUAAAAUGUAAUGAAAAAAUUAAUAAAUAUUACUUCCGUGAAGAAAGAGUCUUUGUUUGUAUUUAAAUAAUUUUUUUUUUUUUUAUUUGGAUUUAACUAAACAAUUUUUUAUUUUUGUAUACGAAUGAGACUCAAUGGUCUAUAAGAAGUAAAUAGCAAGCUUAAUAAGAGUUUGAGAUAAUAAUUGCGAUAUACCAUAUUUAGUAAUUUCAAACUUUUUGUCACGCACAGAAUUUUACACAUUAAUUCAAGUCACACUUGUCGAAUAUGUCAUUAUUUAUUUUUUUUUAUUGCUUUAUAAUAGAUCUCAAUAUUUUUUUUUUACAUUUGUUAAGUGUAUAUUUUUUUUUUUUAGGAAUUCACGAUCCUGCUUGAGAGCUGUUAAAAGCUAUUAAAGCAUUUAUGAUUGAGUAAAUUACAAUAAUUUAAUUUAAUUCAAUGUGAAACACAAUUUGUUCGCUUAAUUUGAUUAUAAGUAGCGAGGAUUCUCACGCCAUAAACUUCUUUCUUUCUUUCUUUCUCUUUCUCUCUCUCUCUUUCUCUCUUCGUAAAAUCUUUAUUUUUUGGUAAUUAGUAUUAUAUUUACAAAAUCAGAAACCUAGUUCUAAUAUUUUUUAUUAAAUGUUGCAGUCUUUUGCGUCACAUUGAAUUCGUGAAUUAAAGAAUACAUAUUUUUUUUUCGUUAAAGGGGCAAACGGUAAAAAAAAAUAAUUAUUCAUAAAAUGAUAUGUUUGUUUUUUUUUAAGAGUAAAAGUAUAAUGGUUUUUUUUU